AGCACGCUGCCUUACCAGUCAGCGUGCAUGCCCUGGCCUGGUUUUACUUCCCAAGGUCACAGAACUGAAAAAAAGAGAAACAAAGGACUGCAGAUGCUGGAAUCGCUUUUAAUUCAAGCCGUCCAGUCCAAGCCACAUUGUGACCGCCUGCUUUCCCCCAUGGACGCUGCCUGGCCUGCUGAGUUCCUCCAGCAUCAUCGUGUUUUUCAUCGCAGAACUGAAAACUUUUUUUUCUUUCCGCUAAUGUUGCCUGACCUACCGAGCACCACUUAAUUUGGAAAUAACCCGAAGCCGCUGGAAGGAAAUCAGAAGACUGUUCGGAAGGCGGUUCUGCUGCGCAGCGGCAGAGGGCGGGCAGCCAGCGGCGGAACAGCCGCGCUUGGAGCACCGGCCUCUGACCUGCCGACGCGCCCGACGUCCCGCCCGCGUCGCCGGUUGCCAAGCGCCGGUGGCCGGCCGUUGGAGGGCGGCGAGGAGCCCCGUCCGCGUCGAGUCUCCUCUUGCCUCCCCAUCACCUGCUGCGUCGAGCCUACGGUGAACCCGCAGAGCGGAACACCCGCUGCCUUGUGAAAGAGGGAGGCGGCCUUGGCUCUAGGUAUGGCCGUGUGCCUGAAAUCCGACGAGAAGAAUGAAAGUGAUUUCGAUCCAGAAGGGCAAGUUUAUUAUGUGGACACUGAAGAUUCCAUAACCUCCAGCAAAUUGUGUGGCAAGUCCAAUGAAGACUACUAUGAGAAAAUAGAGAAACUAAAAAAUGCACAUGUUUAUGCUAUGGCGAAACUAGAGAAAUUGUACAGGAGUAAACUCCAUGUCAGAAAUGAUGUCAUUGAUUCAGAGGAUCUUUGCGAAACUCCACUGUGUUACAGUUUAACCUGCAAGCUGAGUACAGAUAGGAAAAAUGAUGUCCAUCUUUCUUAUUCGACUGCGGAGGUAGAGGUGGGGAGUACUGCAUCCUUGAGCCUAUCAGAAUCAUCCACUGAAGAUCAAGAACUAGGUGGGGAAAAUUUCACAUCCCAUGGAAGGAAUCGAAUUCAGAGAAUGUGGGAUGGAUUUUCUGUCGAGAUGUAUAGCUCGUGUGAAAAACCCCAGAAGCUUGGAAGUUCAAAUUUGCUGAAAGCAAAAGUAAUUAAAAAGGAGCAAAAACACUGGUCACCAAAGAUAACAAUACCAGAGCCUUUCCAAAUGACCCUUAGGGAAGCUGAAAGGAAGCAGCAAAAGAUCAGAUCUAGAUCUCAAAUUGAGGUAGAGAAUUAUAUGCUAAGAAAACAAUUGGAGGAAGAAGCAGAAUGCCAGAAAAAUUUCUGUGCUAACCCUGUACCAGCCCACACCUAUAUCCCGCUAAUGGAAGAAAUAAUGGAACGGAAUGAGGAAAGAAGGAAAUUUGUUAAGGCAAGGAGCAAAGAGAUUCUACUGGCAAUACAAAAACCCUUUGCCUUUAUUGAAAGGGAGGAAAAGAAGAAAGAAAUUAGAAAAAUGCAAAUAAAGGAUCUUGAUUUAUUGGUAAACAAAAAAAAGACAUUUAAAGCAAAACCUCUCCCCAAAUAUCUUCAUGAUCAGAAGAUCAUUGAUAGGAUUGAAGAGGAAGAGCUCUACAGAGCAAUAAGGAUGAAAGUGAGAGCUCAAGAAAUGUUAAACAGUGCAUCCCUUCCAAAGAGUAUGCUUCAUAAUGCUGUCUUGAAAAGAAGAAAAACAGUGUGUUGUGAGCUGGAUAAAGAACUGAAAUUCAAACCCCAGAUUAAUGCCAAAGUUCCAGAUUUUGAGAUGUUGCACAGAAAAUCUCAGAGACAGAUCAUGAAAAAGAAGAAAUUGAAAUUGACAACUGUAUGUGAACCCUUCCAACUGCGCACUUCGCAUGUCUUACCUAAUAAAAAGUUUAUGGAUGAUACAAUAGCAGAUGAAACUCAGUUGAAAGAGAUACACUGGCCUUUUAUAUCUAGCAGAAAACAGUCAAAAUCACGUAACAGCAUGAAUUCAACUCCAUCAGGAUCUUUGGCCUUUGAAAUUACACGGAGCACAGAAGCUUCAAAGAAGAAAGAAGCUGCUAGUAAUCACCAAAGAAAAAGGACAAAAAGCUACCUUUUAGAACUUGAAGAGAUGCAGGAGAUAGUAAACAGGAGGCCUUUGCUCCAAGAGGUGCUGGCACAGAGAAAUGCUAGAAGAUCAGCAGAGAGAUAUUGUACUACAGCACGAAAAGAACGAGGAUUGAAGGAAGAUUUUGUUUCCCAGCGAGGUCACUCUGCUUUAAAUUCAAGUGACAGAGAGUCUGCGGAAAAUGAAGAGGACAGCAAUGUAAAUGAAGAAAGUUCUCAAGAGGAAGAUGAUGGACUUGACUUUGACUUCAAAGAUGAUUAUGAAGAUGAGGAGUCAAGGGUUGCAGAAGAAAAUUAAGACAGAAUGUGAAGCUGAGUGACUGUAAAGCAGCAAGAAGUUUGAAGAAUUUUCUAUAAAUGACUAACUGUAUUAAGUGAGUUUUUUGAAUAACAAUUAUGCUUUAUUCCUAAUGGGUACUAUUUUUACAAUUUUGUAUGAUCAUAGACUGGCAAAUUACAGAAUUAAUGACAGAUUACUUAAUUUUAUGAUAAGACUGAUUUUUAUUACUGAACUUAAAGGGCAUUUAAUCAGGUCUGGCAAAUUUGUCUUGUGAUUCUCAAAUAUACAACAGAAAUCCAACUGAUGUUAAUGACGGUAGUACUUUUUUUCAG